GGCCCACACACAAACACACAGAGGACCCUGACCUUCCUCUGGUUCAUCUAGUGGACUAGAAAGUAUCGUUCUGUGGUUUUCUGACCAGCAGCCACUAUGAAGCUCAAACUGCUCCUGCUGCUACUUGUCUUUCUCUGUACCUUCAUCAUACCUGCACAGUUGUCAAAACAUGACAACCAUCCUAGAAACAAGCAUGGAAAAAAGGACCAGAAGGAGAAAUCAGGAGAGAGACAUGGCUUUAAAUUCGGAAAGCGACGGGGAAGAGUAGAGGACCUGCUGGCCGACUACGAUGAUGACAGCAGUGAUGAUGAAGAUGAUGAAGACAGGGGCGAAUGGCUGUUUCAGCUUCAAGAUGUGAGAGGGAGCUGCAAGCCAAAUCCAUGCCUCAACAAUGGAGUGUGUGAGGAAAAGAAAGGCAGAUACAAGUGCAAGUGCCCCAAAACUUUCAGAGGCAGGAGAUGUGAGAAAAGUAAAAAAAUCUGCAAGAAGGAUAUGUGUGGAUACGGUCAGUGUGUUCUUACGACGAGUCCUCCUUUCUUCGAGUGCAAGUGUAAAGCACCAUUCGUACCCCCCAACUGCAAAAGAAUUGCUCCAUGUGAAUGGAACCCAUGUGUGAAUGGAGGAACCUGUCAGAAAGACGGUCAAAACUUCGACUGUGUUUGCUUACCAGGUUUUUCUGGAAAAUUCUGUCAGGUUGGUCCACUUGACUGUUAUGAAGGAAACGGUGAGUCCUACAGAGGGAGGGUAUCAGAGACAGAGGACGGAGAUGAGUGUCUUUUCUGGAAUUCUUACUUGCUCCUGGGUAAAGGAACAAGCCCCUUCACUACAGCUAAUGACCCUCAGGGUUUGGGUCCUCACAACUACUGCAGAAAUCCAGAUGGUGAUUCAAAGCCAUGGUGCUUCACACGAUCAGGAAAGAAGAUAAAAUGGGAUCAUUGCGAUGUGAGGAAAUGUCCCACUGAUGCAAUCACCAAUGACCGUCUGAAACCGAAGCCAACAGCACAUCCUGCUGCCAUUCCCCCAGCCAUAAAACCCAUAAAACCAGAUUCUUCAGAAAUUCACAUUCCUGGAAUACCCCCACUAGGAAGUGAUGCUGCAGGAGGCCACAAACCAGGAAGUGAUGCUGUAGGAGGCCACGAACCAGGAAGUGAUGCUGUAGGAGGCCACGAACCAGGAAGUGAUGCUGUAGGAGGCCCUGAACCAGGACCCGACACUGUAGGAGGCCCUGAACCAGGAACCGACACUGCAGGAGGCCCCGAACCAGGAACUGACAGUGCAGGAGGCCCCGAACCAGGAAUCGACACUGCAGGAGGCCCCGAACCAGGAACCGACACUGCAGGAGGCCCCGAACCAGGAACCGACACUGCAGGAGGCCCCGAACCAGGAACCGACACUGCAGGAGGCCCCGAACCAGGAACUGACACUGCAGGAGGCCCCGAACCAGGAACUGACACUGCAGGAGGCCCCGAACCAGGAACUGACACUGCAGGAGGCCCCGAACCAGGAACUGACACUGCAGGAGGCCCCGAACCAGGAACUGACACUGCAGGAGGCUCCACACCAGAAAGUAAUACCACUGGAAGCCUUAUCCCAAUAGAUGACACUAAUGGAGAACCUUCUCCACCUACUGAGGAAACCCAUACCCCAGACAUCCAUACACAAGGAGUGACAGAAAAACCCACCAUCGUGCCACCGGUGAGACAAUUUGAAACAUGUGGCAAACCCCAACCAAAAAGGCCAAUCAGUCGUAUUUAUGGGGGUAUUAAGGCACUUCCUGGUGGCCAGCCAUGGCAGGCUUCAAUUCAGGUCAGAUCCAAAGAUACAACACUGCCCUUCAGACAUGUAUGUGGAGGCACUCUUAUUAAACCAUGCUGGGUGCUGACCGCAGGACAUUGUAUUGAUAGCAAAAAGGAUUUCCAAGUGGUUCUGGGAAGUAUUAAUUUGGCGAAGCCUGAGCCAUCACAUCAAACUCUGGAGGUUGUAGAGACCAUUAUCCAUGAGCAAUACAGAGAGACACCCGAGUCGGUCUACAACGACAUUGCUCUGCUUAAGCUGAAAGCUAAAAAUGGCAAGUGUGCAGAGGAGAACCAGUUUGUAAAGACAGCCUGCUUGCCCACUGUCAAUUUUCCUGACGGAACCGAGUGCAGCAUUUCUGGAUGGGGAGCCACUGAAUCACAAUAUAGCUCCAGUCAGUUACUGGAUGCUGAUGUGUUGCUGAUUUCCCAGGACACUUGCUCCAGCAAUAAAGUGUACGGGAAAGUCAUAGAUAACAAUAUGUUCUGUGCGGGUUACCUGGAGGGAGGAGUGGACUCGUGUCAGGGUGACUCCGGAGGGCCUUUGGUCUGCGUGGAAAAUCAGGUACACUAUAUCUACGGCAUCGUUAGCUGGGGUGACAACUGUGGACUGCAGAACAAGCCCGGGGUAUAUACUCGAGUCACAAACUUUGUGGACUGGAUCAACAGGAAAACAGCUGCAGCAGGUGUAUAAAUUCUGUUAGAAUAGCUUUGACAAAAAAAUAGAAAAUAGUAGGGUUCAAAUAUGUAAUAAUUAAUUUUAGGAGCAAAGACAUAAUGUUAUAAUUCAUCUUCUACAGAAUAUGUUCAAUUAAAUGAGAAAUUGGUUAUGAGUCCAAAUAAAUAAAUAAAUAAAAAGUCUUAAAUAAAUAUGCUCUUGAACCAAA